ACAAGUGAGAGCGCUCCACCCAGCAGCCCCCCGGCUCUCCUCCCUCGGUCCCUUCGGCUCUUGGAGGAAAAACGAACAGCAUCCCCAGUUCUCGGGGGAUUUUUUUUUUUUUUUCUCUUCAACUUUACCCAGCCGAAGACAGGGAACCAGCCUCAACCUUUUCAUGCACAGCCCAGCCAUAGGAUUGCUCCCUGCCUCCUCUCGGUCCCUCCUGCAUAUUCUGUUUAUUGAUGACUCCCAGGCCCGGUGGAGAGCUGUCUUCCCUCCUCUGGCCCGCUCUGUUUCCUUGAGUUAGUUUUCCAAGGUUUUCACGGGGGGGAGCUUGGCAUCUGUUGGACUGAAUGGAACUUUUUGCUGCCUCCUUUUGCUGCUGAUUUGGUCAGUGGACGCGGAGAAAGGCUUCGGAGGCAGAAGAGGCGCAGCGGAGGUGGAGGAGGAGGACGGCGAGGAGGAGGAAGCCGAAGGGGCUCGGCGCGAGUGUGUGCAUGUGUGCAUGUGUGCGUGUGAGUGCAUGUGUGUGAGAGCCGCCGCUGCCCAGGACCCCCGGCCCCGAAGGUGUUGGCUGAAAUAUGGAGAAUAGUCUUGGAUGUGUUUGGGUACCCAAGCUGGCUUUUGUACUCUUCGGAGCUACCCUGCUCAGCGCACAUCUUCAAGUCACCGGUUUCCAGAUUAAGGCUUUCACAUCACUGCACUUCCUGUCUGAACCAUCUGAUGCCAUCACGAUGCGGGGGGGCAAUGUCCUCCUGAACUGCUCUGCAGAGUCGGACCGCGGCGUCCCGGUUAUCACAUGGAAGAAAGAUGGCAUCCACCUAUCCUUGGGAAUGGACGAAAGGAAGCAGCAGCUUCCAAAUGGGUCUCUGCUGAUACAAAACAUACUUCACUCCAGGCACCAUAAGCCAGACGAGGGACUGUACCAAUGUGAGGCAUCUUUAGGAGAUUCUGGGUACUCUGAAAGGGAGCUUUAUAUUGACACUGUUUUUUUAAUUGUGAAAGAUAAAGGUAGUGUAAUCACUGUGGAUGAUCUUAGCAAUCCUCCUUGA